AAAUUUUUUAAAAUCCAGUCCAUAUUAUAAAUUGCUGAAGCUGAUAAAGCCUUUCUUCUUCAACAACUCUUUCAGUAAGAGUAACCAGAAAAACUUCUUCAACAGCCAAUGCUAAAACUCCAAAUACGACGUCGUUACAUCCCUCUAACCCAAUUCUCUUCUCUCUUCUCUUCUCUCUCCUCCGACGCCGACGACCCACCUUUCUCACUCAUCCCAAAACCCCAAAACAAUAACAAGAGAGAGAAAAAACCCCACAAAAAUCCCCAAAAUGUCCCCAAUUUUCCGGUAAAUUCCGACCUACCCUUCGACUUCAGGUACUCAUAUUCUGAGUCCGACCCGUCGGUAAAGCCCAUUGGGUUCCGUGAACCGCCCAGGUUUUCUCCGUUUGGGCCGGGCCGGCUUGACCGGAAAUGGACCGGGACGAAUGCUCCGGCCCAAGGGGAAACAGAGGAGAGAGAAAAGUGGGAGAUGGAGAAAGAGAGAGUUUUGGGUGAGCCGCUUUCGGAAGAAGAGGUUGCUGAGCUUGUGGAGAAGUAUCGUCAUAAUGAUUGUAAUCGCCAGAUUAAUAUUGGGAAGGAUGGAGUUACCCAUAACAUGUUGGAUGAUGUCCACAACCAUUGGCGGAGAGCUGAGGCUGUGAGGAUCAAAUGCUUGGGAAUUCCAACUCUUGAUAUGGACAAUGUUUGCUUCCACCUCGAGGAUAAAUCAGGUGGAAAGGUCAUCUACCGCCACCUUAAUGUUCUACUUUUAUAUCGUGGUAGGAAUUAUGAUCCCAAAAAUAGACCUAUGAUUCCUUUAAUGCUUUGGAAACCUCGUGCUCCAAUUUAUCCGAAGCUUGUGAAGAAUGUUGCUGAUGGCUUGACUUUCGAAGAAACCAAAGAAUUGAGGAACCAGGGGCUUAAUUCUCUUGCUCUCAUGAAACUCACCAGGAAUGGUGUGUAUGUGAAUGUGGUGCAAAGAGUGCGGGAUGCCUUCGAGACUGAAGAGGUAGUGAGACUGGACUGUACCUAUGUUGGAACCAGCGAUUGCAAAAGGAUUGGUGUGAAACUUAGGGACCUAGUACCAUGUAUCCCAAUCUUGUUCAAGGAUGAGCAAAUUAUUCUUUGGAGGGGAAAAAGCGACCAAGAGAAUCAAGCUAGCUACAAAAAUGAGCCAUCAAAUUUGUAGUCAUGAAUGAGAAUUGCUCUGUUAUUACCCAACAUCUUAUCAGUACUGUUGGCUUCAGGUUGGUCUGAGUCAGAGAUGUACUCAUUGAUCUUCGUCACACUUUCUUAUAUGUCAAAUGGGAAGAUUGUUUCACCCAAUCAGGAGGUUUCUCAUGCUUGAAGCUGCUGUAUGCCAUAAAGAUUUGAAGCCGGACCAUCAUUACAUACUUGUAUAGUUCUACUUAAAGGAGUGGAUGACAAUGAGUCCUAGUGAUUGCUGCUCUGAGUUCUGGUCGUGGUUGAUUGGGAAGGUGGAGAUGAUUGGAGAUGAGAAGAGAUACCUGAGGAUUCUUAUGUUCAUUGUGGCAUCAUGUUUGUUUCAUCUGAAGCUUGGUCAAUAUCUAUGACAAUUGACAAUGCACAAGUUGUAGCUUCAACUGUUGUGGUUGUAGUGAUUCCCUACCUUGCUCUACAGUUCGUACCCUGAUAAUUACAAACUCUAUAUGAGAUUAAAUCUUGUACUUAUAUUUAUUUUAUGUCAACAUGAACAUACAUCUAUAAUAUAAUUAACAUAUCUUCCUUCGA